AGUUACCGCAAGUUUGCAUAAAUGACUUCCAAUUCUGAUUGAUGAGAAAGAUGAAUUCCAAAAUAUACGAAAUCGAUCAAAAUAAUCGCACACCAGCGAUGUACAGCGAUCACAAAGGAACGGUAAAAGAAGAACAGUCGCCUUUUACUUUUCCAUCCUGUUCCCAAACCUUGGCUCAUCUUCAAUGGUGGAAGGCGCAAAAGAAAAGAACAAUACGCAAACGUCGUAAAAUAAUCUACAAGAAUCAACAAAACAAUAUAACUUUGCAAUCUUCAGAUAUUCUGCAAAAAUUACAUGUAAAUGUUGAAAUAAAUAGAAAAAGAAAUAAGGAUGCGGACAAAGCAAUCGCAAUGACGGAUGUGGAUCCACAGUAUUUUAUAGAAUUAUCUGGCAGACCAGUAGAAGAAAAAUUUUCAUUGAAACAAUAUAUUGAAAAUAUACGAGAAAUACUGAAAAUGAAACAUCUUAUUGGUCAAGAAAAGGACGAUUACAUUCGCAUCGAUCAACAGUUUGAACAAGAAUCACACAGACUGCGAAAGAUCCAGUAUUAUAGUGAACGAUACGUAAGUGGCUUCGAAGAAUUCCUGUCAAAAGAUCACGAAAAAAGUAUGGAUAUGCUGAAAAAAGCGGAACAGGAAGUGAAGCUGACAGAAGAAAUCAACAGUCAAAAAAAUGAACUCUCGAAACAAUUUGGUCAACGCAGAUUGGAUGUUUAUUUUUGGGAAGAUAAUUGGAGAAUAGUAAAAAUGUGUCAAAUUUUCCUUUAUCGGAUAUCACCUAUCUCUUGGAAAAUCAAGCAUGACUGGCUUUCCCGAUUUGAUUCAGGAAGCAUUGUUUCCAUUGAUGCUACGAAUUUAUUUAGCAAAUAUAAAACACCAGAUGAAGAAGCCUCUUUGGAGGACUUAAUAGAGCUAUUCGAGCAGGACGUUAGUGAUGUUGGGCCCACCGAGCUUUAUUUUGAGGAUCCUUUCGAUUUAAUCCGUAUUUUUCAAGCGAUGGAAACGCAAAAUUUAAACGCACUUAUUCAUCUCGAAUCGCUUGCUGCACCAAUGGCGGAUAUGGCUAUGACUAUCACUGCAACAGAAAUACAGAUCAAGCAGGAAAUCGAUGAAAUUACUUCAACGAUUGAUGAUUUAGAAAAUUCCAUUAGCAAAGCGGAGGAUAGAGCUGCAAACCUUGAAGAACAUGCCAAUUAUCUUCUCCGAAAUGUUUUUCGACGUCUUGUCUGCUCUGAAGAGGUACUCUAUCUUCAUGUUUUCGUGGAGGACACUUAUGAGAGUUGCGUAGGUCCAAACGAUGCAAAUCUCGAUAGCUUUACAAUGAUGAAAUGGAUCGAAAGAAUCCAUGAAGAAUUCAAUCGUCAGUUGGACAAUUUACCUCGUGAAAUUGUCCGGGCUUGCGAGAAGGAAGGGUUCAAACAAGAAACAAAAGCUAUAAAGGAGGCGGAAAAUGCUGCAAGAAAGUUUCAGUUAAUGCACCGAUUAUUGGAUGCGCUGAAACGCAUCAUGGAACCGCCUACGAAAAAGAAGCGACCAUUAAAUCGACGUUCGAUGCCUAUCACGGUGAAGACGAAGCCGCCGUCACUUGCGCUGAAACCGACGGAUGAAGAAAUUCAAUAUCUCACCUUUUUCACCGAUUAUUGCAAACAUAACGACUUUAUCACAUACCGUUCCAAGUUGCCAGAUGAUUUUCGAUUUGACAUUCUAGAGCAAAUGUAGCAAUAUCGAAAUAAAUGCAAUGAGGUCAAAUAAUGUACUUUUGAAUCAAGAGCAAAAGCAUUUAACUAUUGAGAUUGAAGCAAACGAAAAAAAGUAGGGAAAAGAAAUUUUGUAGAAAAUAUAUAACGACAUUCUGAUAAGCAACGUAAUCCGAUUAAUCGCAAACACACAUUGUUUUAUUAGAUUUUUAGAUUAAUUUUAUAAAUGGAAGAAAAUUAAAUUAAUAAAAUUGCACUUUAUUGUAUCUUGUAA